CGGCUUCUGAUGCCGUCCCAGCAUCCUACCGCCGGGGGCGUUUUGUGAUCCACUGCAGCUUUUUUAGAGCCCACUUUUCUCCCCUACUUCUCCGACUGCUUCACUGCUUCUCUUUGCGUUGAACUGCAGCGUCCAGUAAAUGCCGGCAAAGAAGGGAAAGGGCAAGAAGGAGGCUGCAGGGAAGAGCAGCGCAGAGACGGCGCGGCUGACGCAGCUGCGCGCGCAGGAAGCCGAGGCGGAACGUUUUCUGCGCAACGAAAACGAGCGCCGCCAGCGCGAUGAGCUGGAGGAGCGCAUCACCUUUCUCCGUGAUGAGCAGGUGCGAGCGCUGCGCGAAAAGGACAACCGACUGGGCGAGCUCACACAACACCUGAAGCGUGUCACAGCGGCUAAGGAGGAGGAGCAAGCAGCAUACGAGCUCCAGAUAAAACAGCUGAGCAACGCGCAAGAAGUGUUUCUCAGCGAGAACAGCCUUUCCAAGGUGGAGAUGGACGAGCUUAGAGUGCUUGUACAGAAGGAGCGAACGUCGACUGCGAUGCAGUUGGAACAACUACGAGAGACGUUGGAAGCAGAGCGGUGUGCGAGCAAUGACGACAGACAACGCCUUCGCGCGCAAGCAUGUGAGGCGCUAGCGCAAGCGGAGGUGCUUCGGCAGCGUCUGCAGCGUAUGUCAGAGGAAAACGAUUUUCAAGAGCGCAGCUUCAAUCUGCAACGGCGUGAGAUGGAGAAGGACCUCGAGAAGGCUCUGGCAACCGGAAAAGCACUUCGCGAGGCAUUGGAUGAAAGGGACGCCGACGGUCGCAAAAAUGUCGCGUUGUUGGAGUUGUUGAAUGCGCAGCUCGAGGCGGACACCCGCCGCCACGAGACGGAGAUGGUCGCAGAGCAGGAGAGUACUCGUCGUGCAAAGGAAGACGCGGACCGUCUGGCGUCGGCAUGUACUGCUGCACACGAGGCACUGGACAAAGUGCGACGGGGGGCGCAGGAGGCGAAGCAGUCAGCUGAUGCGGAGCUGCACGAACUGAAGCAGCUGAUGGAGCAGGUGAGGUUUGACGCGGAGUACUUGCGUCGUGAACUGGACACCCUGAAUGCUGAGCACCGCGAGGCUGCUGAGAAGGCGGAGAAGAAGGCACAGGCACUGCAAGCAGAAUUGCAGCAGACUCAGGUGGAGCUGGAGGCGGCGACGAAAGAAAACGAGGAGGUGAAGUCGCUGCUUCUCCGAAAAGAACGGGAGCAUUUCGACAAGGUCACGUUUCUCAACGCGCAGGUCUCGAACGGGCGCACAACCACUGCGCAGCUACGGGAAGAGGUGCAGCGGCUGCGCGACCACCACGAAAAGGAUCGGCAGCACUACGAGUCUUCGAACCAGAAGGCAACGCAGCGACUAGAGAGUCACAUCGCCGCGGAAAAGGACCGCAACCAGGUGAAACACUCAUACGAUGAGGCUGUGUUGGCGGAGACGGACGCGCUAAAGAGAAAAGUAUCGGGACUGCAUGCGCAGCUGGCGUCGCAAAAGGAGGAGUUCGAGCAGCUGCGCACCAGCAAAGACGACGAGAUUGCGCGGCUGCGCGGCAUCCUCGAUGUUCAUUUCAUCCCCAACCGCAAAGAUGCGGAAGUGGCCCGUGAGAGCGUUCGCUCCGACGCCGUUUUUCUGCUGAAGGAGGAGCUGUGCAUCCUGGAGGAGAAGAUGCAGCAAAGAGAAAAGGUGCGAGAGGAGACUGAGGCGAUGUUGCGCUCGCGUGUUGCGGAUCAAGCGGACGUAAUCGCUGCUCUGCAGCUGGAUCUGAAGCAGGCCCAGCUCGGCGGCAACGAGAGCAUGCGCGCGCUUGAGAAAGAGAUUGUCCGUUUACAAAAAACGCUUGAGAUGCACCAAAUCGCUUAA